AUGGGGAGCCGAACGGGUCUAAGUUCGGCCUCGAGCAAGCUGCACUCGCAGUCUCAGGUGUGGACGCAGUGGACCGACGAAUCGCGCGAGCGGUUGAUGGGAGCCACCAUCGCUGAUGGAUGA